AGUGCCCUGCCAACCUCACCAGCACCUCCCAACCACCAGCGCCCAGUGUCUCUCGCUCCUCCAGGAACCAACGGUCAUGUCUCGCCAGUCAAGUGUGUCCUUCCGGAGUGGGGGCAGCCGCUCUUUCAGCGCUGCCUCUGCCAUCACUCCGUCUGUCUCCCGCACCAGCUUCAGCUCGGUGUCCCGCAGUGGUGGUGGCGGUGGUGGCAGGGUCAGCCUUGGGGGUGCUUAUGGAGCAGGCGGCUAUGGCAGCCGGAGCCUAUACAAUGUCGGGGACUCCAAAAGGAUAUCCCUGGGUGCUGGCAGAAGCAGCUUCAGGAACCGUUUCGGAGGCGCCUUUGGCGUGGGAGCAGGAGCCGGCAGUGGAUUUGGUUUUGGUGCUGGAGCUGGUAGUGGCUUUGGCUUCGGUGGUGGAGCUGGCUUUGGCGGUGGCUAUGGGGGAGCCGGCUUCCCCGUGUGCCCCCCUGGAGGCAUCCAAGAGGUCACCGUCAACCAGAACCUCCUCACCCCUCUGAACCUGCAAAUCGACCCCACCAUCCAGCGGGUGAGGACUGAGGAGCGGGAGCAGAUCAAGACCCUCAACAACAAGUUCGCCUCCUUCAUCGACAAGGUGCGGUUCCUGGAGCAGCAGAACAAGGUCCUGGACACCAAGUGGACCCUGCUUCAGGAGCAGGGGACCAAGACCGUGAGGCAGAACCUGGAGCCGUUGUUUGAGCAGUACAUCAACAACCUGCGCAGGCAGCUGGACGGGGUCCUGGGGGAGAGGGGCCGCCUGGACUCUGAGCUGAGGAACAUGCAGGAUUUGGUGGAGGACUUCAAGAACAAGUAUGAGGAUGAAAUCAACAAGCGGACCACGGCUGAAAACGAGUUUGUGAUGCUGAAGAAGGAUGUGGAUGCCGCCUACAUGAACAAGGUGGAGCUGGAGGCCAAGGUGGACGCCCUGAUGGACGAGAUCAACUUCAUGAAGAUGUUCUUCGAUGCGGAGCUGUCCCAGAUGCAGACGCACGUCUCAGACACGUCUGUGGUCCUCUCCAUGGACAACAACCGCAGCCUGGACCUGGACAGCAUCAUCGCCGAGGUCAAGGCCCAGUACGAGGACAUCGCCAACCGCAGCCGGACAGAGGCUGAGUCCUGGUACCAGACCAAGUACGAGGAGCUGCAGCAGACAGCAGGCAGGCAUGGCGACGACCUCCGCAACACCAAGCACGAGAUCUCGGAGAUGAACCGGAUGAUCCAGAGGCUGAGAUCUGAGAUCGACAACGUCAAAAAGCAGUGUGCCAACCUACAGAAUGCCAUCGCUGAGGCUGAGCAGCGUGGGGAGCUGGCCCUCAAGGAUGCCAGGAACAAGCUGGCCGAGCUGGAGGAGGCCCUGCAGAAGGCCAAGCAGGACAUGGCCAGGCUGCUGCGGGAGUACCAGGAGCUCAUGAACACCAAGCUGGCGCUGGACGUGGAGAUCGCCACCUACAGGAAGCUGCUGGAAGGAGAGGAGUGCAGGUUGAAUGGUGAAGGCGUUGGACCAGUCAACAUCUCUGUGGUGCAGUCCACCGUGUCCAGUGGCUAUGGCAGUGCAGGAGGUGCCAGCAGCAGCUUAGGCCUGGGAGGAGGCAGCAGCUACUCCUACAGCAGUGGCCAUGGCCUUGGAGGUGGCUUCAGUGCUGGCAGUGGCAGAGGCAUCGGAGGUGGCAUUGUGUCCUCUGGUGGCAGCUCCUCCUCCAUCAAAUACACCACCACCUCCUCCAGCAGGAAGAGCUACAGGCACUGAAGUCCCUGACCCCAGAGCUGUGCCUGAGCCUGGAGCCCCUGGCUGCAGAGCCCUGUGCUCAGGUGCUGUCCUCGCUGACCUCCCACCUCUGCUCUCUGGCUGGGGCUGAGGAGGCUGAGGCCUCUUUGCUCCUCUCUCUCUUCCCCAGGGGUCCCCACUGCCCCUCGUCUUCUGCACCUCUGGCUUCACCUCCACACUCACUCACAUCUGGUGCUUCAGGCUGUGUGGAGGUCACCAGGCUCCGGCCUCUCCAGCUCUGUCCCUAGGCUGCCUCAGAAAGGGUGUCAUUGUCCCUUUCCUUCAGGUCAUCAUCGUCCAGGUCCUACUCAGGAAGUGAACUGAGGAAGUCCCCUUUACUCUGCAGUGGCCUUAGAGACGCCACACUGCCUUGUCGUGAGCCUCCCUGGCAGGCACGGUGACAGCACCUGUCCUGUGA